AUGAAGAAAAAAACUCGAAAAAAUCAUCAUCUUCCAAGAGAAAUUCUCGAGGAAAUCUUCAACAGAGUUUCACUACCCAUCAAAACUAUUACUGGGUGCAAGAAUUUAACCAAUUUAUCUGAGGAACUUUCUUGCAUAUUUUCGGACUCGAAAUUCGACGAAUCACAAUCUAAGCAGUACAAUCGCCCUUGCAUCCUUGCUUAUGGCAACAAAGAUUCAAAAACAAAGAUUGAUCAAUUCUUAUUGAUUGAAAAAACAGAACGAAAAAUUCUUUCUACAGAAUUCGACGUAAAUUUCAUGGCAAAUCACGCUAGUACAAACUUGUACUUCUUGGAUUCUUGCAAUGGUUUACUUCUUCUAGAGGAUCAUGAUCGUCGAUUAUUAUGCGUGGUUAAUCCCUUAACACAAGAGUUUAUUAGCUUACCUCAGAGUAAUAAUCAAGUGUCUAAAAAAGGACAUAAAUCGUAUUAUGCUCUAGGGUAUAGCACAAAAUCUGAUAAAUAUAAAGUUGUUAGACUUGUUGGUAACUUAAGGGAUGCACAAGGUGGUUAUUAUCUUGAAUAUUAUUGGCAUGUUGAGGUCCUUACUCUAGGGACUAACAAAUGGAGGAAAAUAGACGGUUGUGAUCUCGUGUUACAAAACGGGUGCAUAGACGAAGGUCCGAUUAUGAUUAAUGGUGCUUUAUAUUGGUUGAGUCAUAUAGGACAUAGGAACGAGAUUGUAAGGUUUGAGAUUGAAUUAGAGGAGUUCAAUUUAAUUCAAUCGCCGUUAAAUUUAGGAUGUCUUGGUUAUUCCUUAAGCUCGCUUAAUGUAGUUGAUAACAUGCUUUGUGUUGGAAUAUAUGAAACGAAGAGAUGUAACGAUUCAAGCCAUGGGAUGGAAAUGUGGGUUAUGAACGAGAAUUAUGGUGUUUGGAAUAUUUGGAAGAAAAAUGUUGUGAUUUAUGAUAAUAUGAAUUGUGUUAGGAAAUUUAAAGUAAUUCAAGUGAGUGAGAAUAAGGAGUUGUUGUUUAUUAUGUUAGUUGAUGCGUUGAAACUUGUGUACUAUGAUACCACGAAGCGCACCGCAAUGGAGGCUCGAGUCUGUGGGAUUGACAAGAAGAUGAAUGGAGUUGUUUUUAGUCCAAACUUGAGGUCAAUUAGUACAUGUAUAAAGGAUGUCCAAUAA